AUGGAAUCCAAGCAAGUAACAAAGGAUGGCGAAGCAGGAGUUGCAGAGCCAUCACCACCUUCUGAAAACAAAAUCGUUGCAAUUUUAAUGCCAAAUGAGAAGGAAGAGCAGUUAAAAGAAGAAGAAGAGUGUUCACAUGAAUCCCAAAUCGGGCAGGGGCUUCGUGCCGCCGUAUUGGGAGCAAACGAUGGGCUGCUCACCACAGCCUCGCUAAUGAUGGGUGUCGGCGCAGUCAAUCCUAAAGUUAUGAUUUUAUCGGGGCUUGCAGCCCUGAUAGCAGGAACCUGCAGCAUGGCCAUUGGAGAAUUCGUUUCUGUACAAACCCAACGGGAUGUCGAAAUCUCAAUCUUGAGAAAAACAAAGAUCAACAAAGAUGGAAUAGAAACCCAGAAGCCCGAAUCCUCACCAUUGUCUUUCUCUGGAGAAACCCAAAAGAAAGUUUUUUCUUUUUCUCCAAAGUCCAUUACCAGUAGUGAAAAAGACGCUCUCCCGAAUCCUCUUCUGGCGGCUUGCUCAUCAGCUCUUGCAUUUUCUGUGGGAGCAUUUCUUCCUUUGAUCUCUGCAGCCUUCAUUGAGGAUUAUAAUGUUAGAGUUGGAGUGCUUGCAGGUGUUUCUAGCUUGGCACUUUUUAUGUUUGGGGUGGUGGGUGCCUACUUUGGCCGAGCUUCUCUAGUGAAAGGAGGACUCAGAGUGCUCAUUGGAGGAUGGAUUGCCAUGUCUGUGACUUAUGGAUUGUUGAAGCUUCUUCAACGUACUGAAGUGGCAGAUGAUGUGUAGAUUAAUGAGCCGCCAUUUUUAUGUUCUUGUUUUGCUUAGGAUCUGUUGUUUUAUAAAUACA